CUUUUUACUCAUUGUUCUGAGUAUCAUCCUACCGCAGUUGAGGUGAGGCAGAGGGGACAAAGUAUAUCGUUGGUAAAGUCUGUUUGUGGACCUGCGUAGACUUUGGAAUAUUCGAAACAAUUUAUUGUAUUUUGACAGGUCUUCUCCUCCAUUGUUGUUGGUUUGAGCCCAGGAGGCCACCAUGGAAAUGCAGAUGGGCAAUGAGGGGAGGGUGAAGGUGAAAGAGUGGCAGCAGACCUACUACGCCGGGGACUCUGGGAUCCAGUCAGGAGCCACCACAGUGAGGACCGAUGACGACGGGACCGAGUACAGCACCAAGCAGUACAGCACCGUCACCACCACCGUCGUCUCAGAGAACCCUGCUGAAGUGGAGUCUCAGUAUGCCUUGACCCGGGCCCAGCGUGUCCGGGCGGCCAUGUUCCCAGAGACGGUGAUGGAGGGCACGACCAUCCUGUCCACCCAGACUGACCCGUCCCAGAUGACCAACGUCCAGCGGCUGGCCGAGCCCUCGCAGCUCCUCAAGACGGCCAUCGUCCACCUCAUCAACUACCAGGACGACGCCGAGCUGGCCACGCGCGCCAUCCCCGAGCUCACCAAGCUGCUCAACGAUGAGGACCAGGUGGUAGUCAACAAAGCCUCCCUGAUCGUCAACCAGCUGACCCGCAAGGAGGCGUCUCGCCGGGCGCUGAUGGCGUCCCCCCAGAUGGUGGCGGCGGUGGUGCGGGCCAUGCAGAACACUGGGGACAUGGAGACAGCCCGGGCUACAGCCAGCAUCCUCCACAACCUGUCCCACCAGAGAGAGGGCCUGCUCUCCAUCUUCAAGUGCGGGGGCAUCCCUGCCCUGGUCCGCAUGCUCAGUUCUCCCAUGGAGUCUGUGCUGUUCUAUGCCAUCACCACCCUCCACAACCUGCUACUGCACCAGGAGGGAGCCAAGAUGGCGGUGCGCCUGGCCGAUGGCCUGCAGCGAAUGGUGCCUCUGCUUAAGAAGAGCAACCCCAAGUUCCUGGCCAUCACCACCGACUGCCUGCAGCUGCUGUCCUACGGCAACCAGGAGAGCAAGCUGAUCAUCCUGGCUAACAGUGGUCCGGAGGGCCUGGUCCACAUCAUGAGGAACUACAGCUAUGAGAAGCUCCUGUGGACCACCAGCCGCGUGCUCAAAGUUCUCUCUGUCUGCCCCAGCAACAAACCUGCCAUCGUGGAUGCUGGCGGGAUGCAGGCUCUGGGGAUGCACCUGACAGGCUCCAGUCCGCGUCUGAUGCAGAACUGUCUGUGGACCCUGAGGAACCUGUCUGACGCCGCCACGAAACAGGAGGGUCUGGACAGUCUCCUUCAGACUCUCGUUGGUCUCCUGAGCUCUGACGACGUCAACAUGCUCACCUGCUCCACUGGCAUCCUCUCCAACCUCACCUGCAACAACGCUCGCAACAAGGCCAUGGUCACCCAGGGCAACGGCAUCGAGGCGCUCAUCCACGCCGUCCUGAGGGCGGGAGAGAAGGAGGACGUGGCGGAGCCGGCCGUGUGCGCCCUGCGUCACCUGACGUCGCGCCACUCUGACGCCGAGGUGGCCCAGAAUGCCGUGCGCAUGCAUUAUGGCAUUCCCGCGAUCGUCAAGCUGCUCAACCAGCCCUACUACUGGCCUGUCAUCAAGGCUGUGGUUGGUCUGAUCCGUAACCUGGCACUGUGCCCAGACAACCAGACCCCUCUGAGGGACGCCGGGGCCAUCCCACGCCUGGUCAAUUUGCUGCUCAAAGCCCACCAGGACGCCCAGAAACACGGCUCCGCCACACAGCAGACAUACCAGGAUGGCGUGAGGAUGGAGGAGAUUGUGGAAGGAUGCACAGGGGCCCUACACAUCAUGGCCAGAGACCCCAUCAACAGGGGAGAGAUCGCCAGCAUGCAGACCAUCCCGCUCUUUGUACAGCUGCUGUACUCUCCAGUGGAGAACGUGAAGCGUGUGUCAGCGGGGGCUCUGUGUGAGCUGGCCCUGGACAAGCAGUCUGCGGAGAUGAUCGACGCAGAGGGAGCCUCCGCGCCGCUCAUGGAGCUGCUGCACUCCAACAACGAGGGCAUCGCCACCUACGCGGCCGCCGUUCUCUUCCGCAUCUCCGAGGACAAGAACUCCGACUACAAGAAGCGUGUGUCCGUGGAGCUCACGCACUCCCUGUUCAAGCACGACCCCGCCGCCUGGGAAAUGGCCCACAACACUGUCCCCAUGGAGGCAGGCUACGCAGUCGACGAGCUGGAUGCAGGCUACCCCCAUUAUGUAGACUACCCUGCUGACAUGCCCAUGGAAGGCGAGAUGGGGAUGUCCGAUGUCGAGUACCAGAACGGCAGCAUGAGGCAACCGGGAUAUGCUGAGCGCUAUUAGGACAACGACCACUGAAGGGAGGAAGAAGCAAUCACACAGAACCUUCAAAUAGAGUGAUGUCAAUCGGUCUCCGCUCACCUCGAUGUAGCAUAUGCAAUUAUCACUGACUUGUGGGACUCCGAAUCUAACAGGGCUUUUGCCAUCUGUUUUCUAAGUAUAAUAUUGAUGAUGCACCGUUUCUUAGUCAAGGACGCUUCAAGGUUGUUGUGCGCUUUUCGGUGGGUAAUCGAUGCCAAAGAGAUUUUAUUUUGUGACGAUAAUCAUGUAGCUUCCUUUUUAAAAUGUUUUAUUUCAAUGCUAGUUAAACACUGCCAGAGGUGACUGGACAAUGUGUAUUGUACUGCUCACAUGCUUUCUUUCUGUGUAACGGUUUCUUUUAACACUAUUUGCUGUUAACGUUUUUCCAACUGUGUUUCUCGAAGGUCUGCAUGAGUUAAUUCAUGAGCUAGUAAGGAGUUAAUACUGACUCAGUGGUGUAAUAUACUUAUAUUGACUCUCACAGUAGAAGGGAACCUAAUAGGGGGAGUCUACUGGCCCUAAAUCAAGAACCUUAGGUGGAACGCUACUGACAGGGAAUUUGUCUUUCUACAGAAAAGGUUUUUACUUCAAUUUUUGUUUAAGAAAAUAAAGAAUAUAUUAAAGUA